AGUUGAUGGGUUGCAAGUAACACACUGGAAAGAUAAACACCUUGAAAAGUGAAAAGUCAGGGAAAGAAAAAAAAAAGCUGCCCCACCGUGCUUUAAAAAAUCGCCACACCUUUUUCCGAACCUUGUAUCCUCAGCCUAACACAAAACCACAAACAGCGCAUAAAAUUCACAGGAGCUGCAGUGGGUUGAGAUUGAGACUUGAGAGAGCCUGUGUGUGUGUGUGAGAGAGAGAGAGAGGGAGGAGGGCGGCACUGGAAAGGGAUAGAACCUGGAAGGCAAAUCCAUAGCUUAGAGGGAGGCAAGGAGGUGGGUGAUUAUCUGAUCUGGAGCUCUUGGGGCGAAGGAGCUGGGAAAAUACCAUGGAAACGGGUAUCAGAUGCGCAAGAGAGGCUAUCCGUUCUUGGCGGAGGGAUUUGGUCUUUUGAGCUGCGGCGCUGGAGAAAUUAGAUCCUGGGGCCAUCCAAGUGAAAGAAAGACUCAAUUUUUCCGAUGCCCUGUUGCUGCAUUGCUGGCUCCCUCCAGAUCCGAGCUGUUGCACGAAGGAAGUUGGAGUAGAUGUGGGAGUGAUGUCGACUACUUUAUGAGCUGUCGUGCUAUUUUUUGGGGUUAGAUUCGCUAAUAAUGGCGGAUCUUGCCAUGGAGGAGUAGGGGUUUCUUUCGGCGAAGGCGAAAGAAACUUACCAUAAUCUGCAAUGUCUCUGAAGAGCAUUGUGCGGGAGCUGAAGGAGAUGAGGGAUGGCAUCGGGAGCAUGUCGAGGCGCGCCGGCCACGGCCGCGCGGGGUCACGGCAUUCUUGGCCUGGCCUGUGGGCCGAGCAGCAGCAGCCGCAGCGGCAGGGCCAGGGUCAGGAGGGGCCGCAGCAGCAGCAGGGGCGGUGGGCGAACCUGCCGCCGGAGCUGCUGCUCGACGUGAUACAGAGGGUGGAGGACAGCGAGGCGACGUGGCCGGCGCGGCGCCAGGUCGUGGCAUGCGCCGCUGUCUGCCGGUCGUGGCGCGAGGUCACCAAGGAGGUGGUGAAGACGCUCCAGGAGUGCGGCAGGAUCACCUUCCCCAUCUCCCUCAAGCAGCCGGGCCCUCGGGAGCAUCCGGUGCAGUGCUUUGUGAGGAGGGACAGGGCGUCAUCCACCUAUCUCCUCUACCUAGGGCUCAGCCCAUCGCUGCAUGGGGAAAACGACAAGCUUUUGCUUGCAGCUCGCAAGGUCAGGCGUGCCGCUAGGACUUCUUUUGUGAUCUCGCUGGUGCCUGACGAUUUCUCUCAUUCUAGUAGUACCUACGUGGGCAAACUGAAGCCAAACUUCCUUGGCACAAAGUUCACAAUCUUUGACAGCCAGCCUCCUCCGGAAACUGUGGUGCUGCCCAACAAUAGACCAAGAAAAAGACAAUCCAAACAAGUAUCACCAAGACUGCCUCUGGGCAAUUACAAUGUUGCUACUGUCACAUAUGAGCUCACCGUACUACGCAAUCGAGGACCCAGGAGAAUGCAAUGCACCAUGCACUCGAUACCAGCUUUGUGCAUCCAGGAAGGUGGGAAGGCUCCAACUCCCACCGGCACCAUCCACUCGCUUGAUGAACAAGUGUUCACCUUACCAACUAACAAAGGGAAUGAACCAGCCACGGAAUUUUCGUCGACAAGCCUCAGUGCUGAUUUGUCAGGACUGGCCUGUACAAACGAAGCGCCUCUAAUUUUGAAGAACAAAGCCCCUCGAUGGCAUGAGCAGCUGCAGUGCUGGUGCCUCAACUUCCGAGGGCGUGUCACCGUAGCAUCAGUCAAGAACUUCCAGCUUGUCGCCUCCGUCGAUCCUUCCCUUAACAUUCCCGCAGCAGAGCAGGAGAAAGUGAUCCUCCAGUUCGGGAAAAUCGGGAAGGAUAUAUUCACAAUGGAUUACCGGUACCCGCUCUCGGCGUUCCAGGCCUUUGCGAUCUGCCUGACUAGCUUCGACACCAAGCCAGCGUGCGAAUAACCGACGAAUAAGGUAUAAGUUGGGUGUGAGUCUUGUUUAUUCUCAGACAGAAUCUGCUUCCUGGGCGAUGUAAAUCCUGGAUCGUGCUAUGCCGGGUUGCUGCCUGGACGAAAUGGUAGCUUGUCAGGCAUAGAUGAGCAAUGGCAUCUGUACCAUAGGAAGGUUCGAGUGACCUGUUGUAACCAACUGUUAUGUAUUAUUGUCGGAAUGUUUGGCUGUGAAAUACCACAGCCUUAUGGUUAAUGGACGUACGUACGUUGUGAUCA